AUGGCGGAUUCCACUGAGUUGUUUGAGCUGGAAAGCUUCGCCAUUAAGAAGGUUCCGCCGAAAGCAUACUACAUUCCUAAUUUCAUUUCAGAAGACGAGGAGAGACAUCUAUUAGAUCAGGUCAAUGGAGCUCCCAAGCCAAAAUGGACAAAGCUUUCUGGAAGGCGACUUCAAAACUGGGGUGGCUUACCUCACCCAAAGCUCCUCUUUUUACUUCUCUCUCUUGUUUUCCCGCCAAUUGCGGCACACAACUACGUUGACAGAAGCCGUGGAUUAAAGCGAGGCGUUCAUGUGCAGAGAAAUCGAGUGUCUUACGGCAAUUUUGCAGUGGACAAGUUCCAUCGUCUUCAAGUAUCAGUUGGUUCAUCGAGUGUUGUGAAAAAUUACAGAGAAUGUGCUCUGAGCUGUGUCAACACUCCGCCAUGUUCUUCGUUUAAUGUGGCCUCUUCUCCUGGUUCAGACGGAAAAUACCGAUGUGAGUUGUUAAACGAAGACAAGUACUCGGCAAACCCAGGCCAGCUGGUCAGCUCACGGCAUUACCACCAUUACAGCAUCAAGGUCCAUAAACUCGCAAAUGAUGGCGCCAGUGUUAUAUGCGUUGCAAGGAAGGAGUCCAAGACGUUUAUAGCUUGUAAGGUGUUCCAGGAGUUUUGGAGAAGAAAUAUACCAGCUAGAGGGAUGGUUCUCUUGGUAGACGACGAGAAAGCUGGGAUUGUGAAACCAUUCCUGAGUGGAAUAUCCAACCAGAGUACAAUGUCUGUGGAAACAUGUUUUAGUGAGGCAGAAGUUGCAGAUGGAGGAGGAUGUUUACCGUCUGAUUGUGACAUUGUGGUUACGACAGGACAAGUUUUUCUACAGAUUUUAAAAGCAGGAAUAUAUAAAUUCUUCAGUUUGAUUGUUUUUGAUGAAAGUCAUCUCGCCAUUGACAAGGGGCAUCCUUUUGCAAUCAUAUUAAAUCACAUUGAUGAAUAUGGACUUGAUCCAAGGCCUCACAUAGUUGGUCUUACAUCAGCAGUUCUUCGUCAUCAAGCUUGUCCUGGAGAUAUGGAAAUGUUUCUUAGUACUCUAGAGGAGUCAUUUGAUGGUAAAGUGCUUAUUUCUAGUGACCUUCUGGCUGUGAACAGGUAUGGUGAACAAGCUGAUGAAGAAAUUAGUUUUUACACUUGUGACCACUUUCAGGAUCAACUCAUGUUCAUAAUCAGUGGAAUUCUUUAAAGUGCUGUUUUAUUUCUAAAAGACUUUAUAGUAUGCAAAGAAACUCAGACAUGUGUGAGGUUUGUCAAACACAUUUUGACUGAGUGCCAUAAGGUCCUUUCAUUGUUGGGAAAAUGGUGCACUGCAUCUAUUGCACGAAUUGUCAUAAAAGAGAUCAACAAACUUGAAAAGAAAUGCUCUGAAGACAACAAUCUGCUUGUGUUACAGUUUUGCAGAACAACAAUGAAUUUGAUCAUCAGCUUGUCAGGAGCUGAAGAGAAAUUGGAGGGCUCUGAGGUCAGCCUUACUGACCUGACAACAAAACUGCUCUUUCACAUGGCCACGCAUUUAAAGCUUGAGCAUGAAGAGGUUGAUACUCAUCAUGCAGUCUCCUCAAGUGCUGGUCAACCACCUUCUCAAAUUCCAGCUCCAACUUCAAACAUUAAAACUUUAUACGGUAGUAACAGCCAGUGCGAUGACCCCUUGUGUGUUGUACUUGUCCCUAGCACUAUCAUUGCUAAGGCACUGAACUCAGUCAUAAACAAGCUGUCAAAAACCAUGCCUGAGUAUAGUUUCCUUAGAAGUGCAUGCAUCCAUGGUGACAAAGCAAAACAGGGAAUACCUGAACAAAGUUUUUCUGAUGAAAUGGUGGACAAUGUUAUGGAGUGCGUACAAGAUGGAUCUGUAAACGUUCUUAUUGCAACUUUUGAAAUUGAGCAUGAAUUGUAUGCACGGAGAUGCAGCCUUUUAAUACGUGUGGGCAUGCCAAGAGUUUAUGAGAAUUAUUUCAGAGUAAAAAGUAAACUUAAGUCUGCUGGAGCCAAGCUGGUGAUUCUUGUGAAAGAGGAGAGCAGGGCUGAGUCAGAAGAGAACUACAAGGUUUUUCAGGGGAUAGAGAGUCUUCUGAAGACGAGGUGUCCUAAUUGCCGACCAACAUGUCAUAAAAUAACUAAGCUAUUCCAAGAUGAUUGGUUGGAUGUUUAUGCACCUUAUGGUGAAGAAGGCCCUAGAGUUGAUCUUCUUUCUAGUAUUUCACUUGUCAACAGUUAUUGUGCCAAGUUUCCCGGCGGUGGCAUGGGUGCUCCUGUUGUUGUGUGUAGAAGAAAGGAAAUAUGGUCUGAUGAUGAAGUAGAGUUUCUAUGUAAAAUCUACCUGCCUAGGAACUCUCCACUUUACCAACCCAUCAAGGGUAGUGUAAUGCUGAAGAAAAAUGAAGUUAACAAUGAGUCAGCAAGGAAAGCAAGAAUCAAGUCUGAGAUGGUUGCUGCUUUAGAGGCUUGUCGGCUGUUACACAAGCAAGGAGAACUGAAUGAUGAGCUUAAGCCUGUGUUAAAAUUCAUUGCUAACCGUCUGACAGCAGAAGGUGAGGCAUGUGAUUGUGAGGUUGCUGAUGGUGGUGUUGGAAUGGAUGGGUCGGUCAAGAGAAACAGAGCAUACAAGAGAAAGUUUCCCUCUAUAUUGGAGAACAAUUUUCCAGUUUGUGGGAAACCAAGCUAUGUGUAUUCUAUCACAAUGGAGCUAACCAAAGCAUGGACGUUUGAACGUGCUGUCAGGUCACAGAGUAAAAUACAGUCUACAUCAGCUACUCAUUACCUUGGGAUUGUCUCCAGAAAGCCACUACCUAAGCUUCCUGGCGUGUUGAUAUUUGAUAGAGCUGGUGAAGUCACUGCGACAGUUGCUGAGUGCAGUCCACAUCCUGUUAUCUUGACGUCUGAUCAGAUAGCACUUCUGGAGAGAUUCACUGCGUUUGCCUUCAGGGAGAUCGCAAAACCAAGGAAACAAUCGUUAGAAUUUCUAACGUUUGACCCUUCCAUUGCUUCUUCUGGGUUCUACAUUAUGCUUCUGAAGGAUGCUCCAGAUAGCUGCACUUCUUCAUCAAAUGGAACCCACCAUCACAAAGAAAUUGCCUUUGAUUUCUUGCACUCCAUUGAGCAUGCGCUUGGUAGCUUCGACAAUCCCAUUGACCCACCCCCUCCUGAUAUGACAAACCCGGAGAUUUUCAGGGAUGCAGUUGUAACAGCCGUUUACAACGAGGACCGAAUUCAUUAUUACGUGGCUGACAUACGCUACGAUCUUAGUCCGGCAGACCCCUUCCCAAACUCUGAAGCAGCCGGUACAUUUGCCGAGUACUAUGAGAUUCGAUACGACGUCAAAGUGUCUUUGGACCAACCCAUGCUGGAUGUCGAUCACACAUCCUCUCGACUUAAUUUCCUGACGCCCCGCUAUCAGAACAUCAAAGGCCAGCAUCUAUCUGUACCUGAAAAGGAUUCCAAGCGGUCCCGGAAAUCGAAGGUGUAUGUGGUUCCUGAGGUAUGCUCCAUUCAUCCAGUGCCAGCAUAUCUAUGGAGGCAGUUGUUUAAUCUGCCAGCUGUGCUCUAUCGAAUGGAGUCACUACUGGUUGCCGAGGAGUUUAGGUCUCACAUUGCAAGCGUUCUUGGCAUGGGAGCUGUUGACUGGCCUAGUGAUGUUCCGCUGCCAUUGUUGACAAUGGGCGAGAUGGUGGGCGAGGAGAUUGUGCGUCAAACAGAGUCUGCCCCAGAGGAAUCAAGUAACAAGCCUUCUUCCAGGAAGGAUACUGAGAAAUCCGCCAGUCUAUACUGCACAGAUCUCUCUGGAGCAUUAAUGGGUCUACAGAUUUCCAGACAGGAAACAAACAAUGAGGUGGCUAUUGCCGGUAGCCUUCCCUUGCCAGAUCAUUCUAACGCUCAUAGCACCACUUACUCUUUGUCAAAAAACUUUAGCGACAUGACUGUUGGUAAGCAUCCUGGUACUGAGAACAAAACACCUUGUCUUGCGGCAUCUAGUGAAGUCUCUCAUAGUUUGAGUGGAGCUAAGGAGGAUUCCUUUCAUAUUGGGCUUUUUGACGGAAAAGCAUCCGUUCCUUUGGACAACGGAGGGGUAUUGCCUAUUGAUAACAGUAAAACGGCUAUCAAGAUGGAAAGCGAGGCGUCACCUGUCACGAUUUUGACUGAUCCUCAUAUUUCCGGCUUGUACCAGAAGUGUGGCCCAUCAUCCACCUUGAUUCUUCGUGCUCUCACAGCCGGUAUGGCUGGAGACGUGUUUUCCCUUGAGCGACUCGAGAUUCUUGGAGAUUCAUUUCUGAAGUAUGCCAUCACUGCUUCAGUCUUCUUCAAGUACAGGUACGAGAAUGAGAGCAAGCUGUCUUUCACACGAGGAAUCAGGGUGAGUAACCGUCAGUUGUUUUAUCUGGCGCGGCAGCGGGGUUUGCCUUCAUAUGUGAUCACCCGGAUGUUCACCCCUCUGGUCAACUGGCUGCCUCCUGGAUUCUACCAGAAAGAUGGCACAGACACUGACGGAUCGGGUGAAGGACAUUUUCUCUUAAUAUCAGAUAAGGGCGCUCAAGACUUUGACGACGAAGAUGAAGAUGGAAGUACUUUUGAAGGGAUAGAACUUCCUGAGCUUAGAGAAGGUCCUGAUAGUCAAGGCCUCUCUAGUGAAGGCCUCUCUAGUGAAGGCCAAUCAUCUGAUAUCCAGCUGAGCCACCAUUUGCAUCUUUGUUGCUCAGAUAGGACCAUUGCUGAUGCCACUGAAGCCCUAGUUGGGGCAUACCUGCUCUGUUUAGGCCCAGAAGGAGCCUGCAAGUUUGUGGAAUGGCUGGGCAUGGAACUAACGAAACAAGACGAAACCCAAGAUACAUGCCUUGUGAAUGAAUUCUUUGCUCAGGAUUCUGCUCUCGGUGCAGUUGACUUGGAAUCAGAUUGCAGUGCAAGCAACCAGGACAUCUCAAAAGUACCUUUCCAAGCUUGUCAAACUUGCUGUGAAAACGAUUCCUCCUCAGACGAGACAGUCAGCCCCUUUCUUUCCACCGGUUGGCUCUUCUCAAACCAGAGGUCUACAGCUGCUGAGUUCCAGACACUCGAGGAGGCACUAAACUAUUGCUUUCGUGACAAGUCUUUGUUACUGCAAGCGUUCACACAUACCUCCGUGCCACGAGACUACAACUCUGUACGCUGCAGCUACGAACAACUGGAGUUCUUGGGAGAUGCCCUCUUGGACUUCCUUGUAACGCGAUAUUUGUACAGAAAUCACAGUCACAUGCCCCCAGGUGAGCUGACCGAUGUACGAUCUGCUGUGGUAAACAACUACAGUUUUGCUGCGCUGGCGGUCCAGAUGGGUUUCUCGAAACACUUGCGAUCACUGUCACCGCAGCUUUUCAGCAUGGUGAACAAGUUUACCGUGAACCUGAAGGAAAAAGAGAUGAAACAACAACAAGGGAAGACUGACGAGAUUUACUCCAGUGUUUUUGUCAUGGGAAGUGAAGGCGACGAGGACUCCGUGCAGGUAGAGGUUCCCAAGGCAUUAGGCGACCUGUUUGAGGCAGUCGCUGGCGCCAUGUACGUGGACUGUGGUCAAGACCUGGACAGAGUAUGGCAAGUUUACCAGCCAAUCCUCAAGCCUUCUAUCGGUUAGUAGUCAACAUUUGUAACUCUCCUUGUUGAUCUUAGUACAUUUAGUACGAAUGCCUAUACACUUCAAGGCGUUCGAUAGGAGAUAUGCUGUUCAAUAUUCAAACUUAAUAAUCCGUCAAAUAUUAUCGCUCGAACGCGAUUGGUGUAAACGCGUCACGUGACUGAAUAUUUUUCAGCUAAAACUGGGGAA